AUGGCCAAGAGACUUUCUCCUUUCAAUUUCACCAAGGCGGUGAUGCGGUCCUUCAUGGCCGAGUCCGGCCUCGAGCCCAGACUGCUGCAGAACCGAUUUCGCGUAAUCAAUGCCACCGAAGGCAAGGUCGACUUCGAGGUUGACAUCCACAAAGAUCACACAAAUCGGCUCCAAACGUUGCACGGCGGUACGAUUGCCAGUCUCGUAGAUCUCGGAGGAUCACUCGCAGUUGCUUCCACCGGACGAUUCGCAACCGGCGUCUCGACUGACCUGAACGUAACCUACCUCAGCCCAGGCGGAAAGCCAGGGGACGUCCUUAAGGGAACCUCUAUCUGCGAAAAGAUCGGAAAGACGCUCGCAUUUACAACGGUGCAGUUUUACAACGGCAAGGGCCAGCUCGUUGCAAGAGGCAGCCACACCAAAUACGUCGCGGGAACUUUGGGCCCCGACGGAGCGUUUGUGCCGCCCCCGGAGUGGGCAGAUGAGGUUGACUAG